AUGCGCAACUACAACAACUUCAACCGCGUCUGGAAGGCCCCCCGCCGCCCGUUCGAGAAGGAACGCCUCGACCGUGAGAUGAAGCUCUGCGGCCAGUACGGUCUCCGCUGCAAGCGUGAGAUCUGGCGCGUGAACAUGACCCUCUCCAAGAUGCGCCGUACCGCCCGUCUGCUGCUCACACUGCCGGAGAACCACCCACGCCGUCUGCUGGAGGGUUCCGCUAUUAUGCGCCGGUGCCACGAGUAUGGAUUCCUCGACGAGGAGAAGGACAAGCUCGAUUACGUGCUGUCCCUCACCGUCCCCGAUAUUCUCGAGCGCCGUCUGCAGACUGUUGUCUUCAAGCAUGGACUCGCCAAGUCUGUUCACCACGCCCGUGUGCUCAUCCAGCAGCGCCACAUUGCCGUCGCCAAGCAGAUCGUCACUAUUCCCUCUUUUAUUGUGCGUGUGAGCUCUGAGCACCACAUCGCCUUUGCGGAUGCCUCACCCUUCGGUAAUGGCCGCUGGGGACGUGUGAAGCGUGUGAAGGCGAAGGCCGCAAAGAAGGCAAAGUCCGGCGGUGACGACGAUGAAUAG